AAGACGCGCGUCUGUAAGCUGUGUGGUUUUUUACGUAUUCUUUCUGAGGAAUCCAGUACUUCGCACAACAUGCGGAAAGCUCUGCUAUUUGUACUCAUUUUGUUUGGCAUCGACUCCGUAUUUGCAGUGACCCACUCAAUGCAGUAUAUCUACAGUGCUUCAUCAGGGAUACCAAACUUCCCAGAGUUUGUGUCUGUGGGGCUGCUGGACGGGGAGCCCAUGAAUUACUAUGAUAGUAAGAUACGCAGAAUGACUCCUCGUCAGGACUGGAUUCCUCAGGCUGUGGAUGCUGCAUUCUGGGACAGGAAUACUCAGAAUCUCAUGGGUGCAGAGUCGGUGUUCAAAUCCGGCGUAGAAAUUAUAAAGCCACGUUUCAACCAAACCGGAGGUAAGUGCUGCAUGUUUACGACAGUGACCCUGACAGCUGCCGGCUGCGCAUGUUUAUCUGAUGGCUUUAUUUACAUGGAAAUCCCAGUUAAGACAACUGCUGCUGCCAGUUACUCUCCCACAGAGGAGAUGUGGUCACAGACAGGACUGUCCGCCUCCAGCUGCACUGAGACUCGCAUGUGGGUCUGGGUGUCCAAAGCCCAGGCCGCCAAGCAGCUCUGCCGUCACAAACCACGCGCCUCCUAUCAGCUCAGGAAAACGCGCCUCAGAGAGUCGGCUCUGACGGUGAAAACGCUCCGUGGGCUGCGACAGUGGGAAAGUGACAGAGCUCAGUUAGAUUACUGGAAAAGUUACCUGACCCAGACCUGCACUGAGUGGCUGAAGAAGUAUGUGAGCUACGGGAAGAGCACACUGGAGAGGACAGUCCGGCCUGAGGUGUCUCUGCUGCAGAAGGACCCCUCCUCUCCUGUCACCUGCCACACAACCGACUUCUUCCCCAAAGGGAUCGUGGUGACCUGGAGGAAAGAUGGAGUAGACAUGCACAGCGAUGUGGAGGUGGGGGAGACCCUGCCAAACGGGGACGGAACAUUCCAGAUCACAUCAAAACUCACGAUGAAGCCUGAGGACUGGAAGAUGAACAGCUACAGCUGUGUCGUGCAGCACAAGAGCCUCCAGGAUGACAUUGUUGUGCUGCUGGAGGAGAAGAACAUAAGGACCAAUCAGGGAGGCAGUUCCUGGGGCAUCAUCAUCGGCUGUGUAGCUGCUGCUCUGGCUCUCGUUGCUGUUGCCGUUGGGGUCGUGUUGUGGAGGAGGAGCAGGACAGGCUAUGGGAAAGCCGGCACGUCUGACACUGAUUCUGAGAACUCCAGCCAACAGCGACCAAAAGCAUGAGUUCACCCUCCAUGAUGUCACAGUUCAUCUCCUCUGCCAGAAGGCGACAGAAACAAAAUGAGAUGAAUGUUCAGACCUGAUAUCCCCCCCCCCCCCCACACACACACACACAGUACAAAAUAUUGUCUAUUUUUUUCUAAACUUUUAGCAGCUUUACAAUCAACAACAGUCAUGAGAUUUAAACUAUGUGGAGCAGAAAAAAUGUAAUCAGAAAAUGAAUCACUGACUGAAGGUCAGGAAGGAUCAUUAAUGCAGGUUUAUUUCUCUCUCUGUAAGUUACUGUAUUAGCAGUUAAAGCUCCGCUGUCUUAUAGCUGCUCUGCUCAGUCAUGGUGUGGCACUGCAGUCUGUUUUUAUCAUGAUCCGUCUCUUUAAAUGCCGCACAGCCUGCUGAUGAGGACGCCUGUGUGACCCUGUGUGUGAGAUGCACUGAUCACUGACUUACAGUAACGAGCACCAAGGAUAAAGCAACAGCAA